GGAGCAUUUCAGCUCGCUCGCCCAGACGAUCCUCUCGCUGUGGCAGGCACUAUCCGGGGGCAUCGACUGGAGCGACGUGGCCAACCCGUUGAUAUCGGAGGUAGAGCCGCUGCUCGGCGUCGCCUUCGCCGCUUUUAUCGCCUUCGCGCUGCUGGCGAUGAUGAACGUUGUUACAGGUGUCUUCGUUCAGACCGCGCUUCACAACGCCGAGCAGGAGGAGGAGACUUUCCUCACCGACCAGAUCGUCGCGCUCUUCCACAAGAGCAAGGCCGGCGACAACUGGGGCUGUAUCACCGAGUCGGACCUCGAGCAGCGCCUCGGCGACCCGGGCAUGGCGAAGGAGUGGAAGAACAUCAGCGUCAGCGCAGACGAGGCCAAGUACGUGUUUGCGCUGCUCGACGUCGACGAGACCGGGGAGGUGCAGUUCGAGGAGUUCCUCAGCGCGUGUCUGCGCUUGAAGGGCGCCGCGAAGUCGCUGGACAUGCUCAUCCAUCUGCAGGAGGCCCGGCAGACUAAGAAGAUGUUGCAGAGCAUGUUCGCCGGGCUCGAGGACAGCCUGGCCGGGAUCUCAGCCUCGCUCCAGGCCAGGUGCAGCAGCACGCUGCAGAAAGAGGCUUUCAGCCCUGCAAAGCAGCCGGGGGACAGUGCCGAGUCCACAACGUCGUCGACCCUUGGUGAGGAGGCGUGA